AUGGAGGAAGUGAGGAAUGAAGGAAGGGAGGAAGUGAUGAUGGGAGGAAGGGAGGUAGGGAGGACGCUUGGGGGAGAAGUAGAAGGGAGGGGAGGAAGAGAGGUUGGGGAGGAGGGUGGGGAGGAGGGUGGGGAGGAGGGUGGAGAGGAGGGUGGGGAGAAGGGUGAGGAGGAGGGUGGGGAGGAGGCUGGGGAGGAGGCUGGGGAGGAGGCUGGGGAGGAGGCUGGGGAGGAGGCUGGGGAGGAGGCUGGGGUGGGGCGGAAUGGGGUGGGGCAGAAAGGGGUGGGGCGGAAUGGAGUGGGGCAGAAAGGGGUGGGGCGGAAUGGGGUGGGGCGGGGCGGAAUGGGGGCUGGGGAGGAGAGGGAUUGGGAGGUGAGGGAUGAGGAGGUGAGGGAUGGGGAGAUGAGGGAAAGGGAGAUGAGGAAUGGGGAGAUGAGGAAUGGGGAGAUGAGGGAAGGGGUAAUGAAUGAACGUGUAUGCGACGGAAGGGUGCUGCUGACCACGCACCCUCCCACACCCCACACGAUGGGAAGGGAUGAGAGGGUGGGCGGCAUGGGUAGAGAAGCGAUGGUGAAUAGGGGGAACGUGAUGGGCAGGGGAGUGAUGACGACGUGGAGAGAGGAGGAGAGAAGGGAGGUCGGCGGGAAGGCUAAGCGAGGACGAUGGGAGGGCAAGCGUGGGCGACAGUGGUGGUGGGCGACGGUGGCGGUGGGCGACGGUGGCGGUGGGCGACAGUGGGGAGAAGCGUGA